AGCUUUGUAUUUACGGGACGGAUGCAUUAGACAAAGACCAAUUUUCUUUUUCUUUUUAUUCUUUCAUUUCUUUUUCAGUUUUUUUUUUUGUGGAGGGGUUUUUGCAUAUUCAAUCGACUCUCCUAGGCUCUCAGUGACAGCUGCAUUGCGGAUUUAAGAUCCCUCGUGUGUCUGGUGCUAGUGUUUCACCAUGGGGGUCAAGGCUGCUCUUCCCAAGUAUGAGCUCUACUUCUACACCACUGUGCUCUUUGGGGCACUGCUCUGGGCAGCCGACUGGAUCUUUGAGGCGUCUAGUGAGCAUGCAAACAGAAAAGCCUUCAAGGAGAGUGUGAAGCCAGGAUGGCAUUACUUUGGCAGGAAGAUGGAUGUGGCAGAUUUCGAAUGGGUGAUGUGGUUCACAACGUUCCGGAGCCACAUUCUCUUUGCUCUGUCUGGUCACGUGAUUUUUGCCAAGAUCUGCUCAAUGCUGUCCCCUAAGCGCAGGUCCUUUAUUUACAUGCUGUAUGGGUCGAUCGCUGUCUUUGUUAGCAUGGGCUGGACCUACAUCACCCUGGUGCUGUCCCACUGCAUCGUCCUCUACAGCGUGUCUCUGGCCAAAAGGAAGUGGCUCUGCUUCCUGGCUGGGCUCACCAGCCUGGCCACCUUCAAGAUGGAGCCAUUUGUCUCCUGGCAGGCUGGCUUUGUGACUGGAAGCUUCAGCCUCCAAGAUGUGCUGUUUUAUGGGGGCUGUGGCUUCUCUGUCAUGCGCUGCAUGAGCUUUGCCCUGGAGAACUGUGAGAAAAAGGAUGGCAACUACAGCUUCAUGGAUCUGCUCAAGUACAACUUCUACCUCCCCUUCUUCUACUUUGGACCCGUCAUGACUUUUGAUAGAUUCCAUGUGCAAGCCAACAAUCCUGACUUGACUCGUAAGCAGGGGGAAAUGUGGAAUAUCAGAACCCAGGCCCUGUUGCACCUGGGAGCAAUUUUGGUGGUGGAUGUCUUCUUUCAUUUCCUGUAUAUUCUGACCAUACCCACUGACAUGAAGUUGGUGAGGCAGCUGUCAGACUGGUCCCUAGCUGGUCUGGCCUAUUCUAACCUGGUAUAUGACUGGGUCAAAGCAGCUGUGAUGUUUGGAGUCAUUAACACGGUGUCCAGACUCGACCAUCUUGACCCGCCUCAGCCCCCAAAAUGUAUCACCAUGUUGUACGUCUUCGCUGAAACGCACUUUGACAGAGGUAUAAAUGACUGGCUCUGCAAGUAUGUUUAUGACUACCUGGGUGGGAACCACGAUCGGAUCUUCUGGGAGCUGAUUGCCACAAUCUCCACCUUCUCUGUCACUACCCUGUGGUUGGGACCCUGUGAGAUCGUCUACAUCUGGUCUUUCUUCAACUGCUUUGGCCUCAACUUUGAGUUGUGGGUUGCUAAGUUCUUCUCUCUGGAGCCCUUUGCUUCCAUCGAGCGGGCGCUGUCAGAGUCCAUGUCCCGGAGGAUCAGGGGUGUGUUCAAUGCUGCCAACUUCUGGGCCAUUGUGCUCUACAAUGUCCUGUCCCUCAACAGCCUGGAGUUCGCCAAGCUCGUGGCUAGGAGACUUCUUGUCAAAGGAUUCCCAGUGUCAACGCUGUCCGUGCUGUUUGUGACUUACUGUGGGGUGCAGCUAGUGAAGGAGCGAGAGCGGAAGCUGGCCCUGCAGGAGGAGGCUGCUGCAGAUGCUGCCCAGGCCAAGGAAGAGCCAGGAAAAGCCAAAGUGGAAUAGAGUCCCUGGUUAGUUCUCAGCUCCCACCAGUCACUGUCACUCAUCUAUGAGCUUGACACACUGCCACAGCUUCAUCAUGGCGAUUAGACCCACCUGUGGUUUAUAAAACAAGGCAAUUUAAUUGUGAACCGUCCCGAAGUGCUCUUGCUGUGAAAUAAUGCCACCGACCCCGAGACAUAUGUUGUACCACUGGUGCGUUAAUUUAUUUGCUUUUUUAAAUGGAAACAGAUGUUAAGAGAAUAGGCUGCGGCUGACUCACUUGCCAGGUAUAAUAUCUGCAGGAAUCAUGA